CCAGAUUCAAUUCAUUUCAUAGCACAUGGCGCAGCUGUGAGCUAAUUCCAAGGAUCCAAGCAGCCGAUCAAUCAUGGCGGCUGCGCUGAUUCAGAAGUUGUCCGAGGCUCCUGGGUCCGCGAGCAAACAGGCUGAACAAGAGCUCCCCAUCGACAUCAACUACUCCAAGCUCGCCGACUGGCUGGUCGACCGCAAAAGGGUCCCCUCCGACUGGCGCAAGAAGCUGUCUGCAGUACAUCAUCUCCGUGACGCCGCUCUGACGGCCCUCCCCAAAACCCUGGACCCCUCGUUCCUUAACCUCUCCUCCGAAACCACGGGUUACCUGGAGGUCAAACACGUGCGUGACACCCUCGCGGAGCUCAACCCUGAAACGCGCGGCCUUUUUGGGCGCCUCUCGGGGGCCGCCGGCCAGUGGGACGCGGUCGUACAAGCGUAUGAGAAAGGGGCCCUGUUUCUGGGGGAGGCGGCGCUGGACCUGGUUAGGCUGGUUAACUACGAGGUUCCGUUCCAGAGGAAGCAGAUCGCCAGGUGGCAGCAGCAGCUGGCGGACCUCGACAAGAAGGAGGCGGAGUUCCGGAAGAACGCGGGCGUAUCCGCGCAGCGGUACAAGCAGGCGUGCGAAGAGCUGGGAAUCCAGGGUACUGACGUUCGAUCCGAGCUGCUUGGUCUCGCCCGUCACCUCCCCGGGGUCUUCAACCGGGUGGUCUCUAAGCUGUGCUCCCAGGAGCUAGGGGAGGCCGGGGAAUUCUACCAGGCGUUUGUAAAGUAUGCACAUACUGAAUCUGAGGAGACCGCCGGGCUCAUCCUCCCCACGCUCUCGGGCUUGAGAGCCAGCCCUCCAGAAACGCUCGCAGAUGACGUCACCCUUAAGACCGUGCAAGACACGUCAGCCAAGACCGCUGCAAGCCCCAGCGAGUCGCCCGUCCCCCCGACGAUCGACUGGGGCAUCGACGCCUCCGAGACCACCCUCGCCGAAGCUCCUGCGUCAAUCAACUGGGACGUCGACGUUUCAGGGGGUCAGGAACAGCCCGACGCUGCACCCCCAGGGAUAAACUGGGACGUAGACUUGGCAGAGGCCAGUGGUGACGCAGAAGGGGGUAGUGAAAACCGGGCAGAUGCGCCCCCUGGGAUCGACUGGGGGAUUGACAUAUCGGCGCUAGGAAUCGAGGAAGCGUCAGGGGCACCACAGAUCGAUUGGGACGUGCAGGUUCCUGAGCCGUCAGAUGGAGCCGAUCCGACGGCCGGGAGUGGGCCUACGAUCAAUUGGGACAUCGAUUUGACGGAAGCGGCGGAGGCGAAUAGCCCAGCGGAAAUCGAUUGGGACAUUGGCGGAGAAAGUAAUGCGAAUGGGGGGUUGGAAACGCGGGAAGAGAAGGGGGCGGGCGUGGAGCAUCCGCUGUCGAAAGCUGACUUCAGGAGGGCUCUGCUGGACGACCUUUUCGAGUUGCGCGCCUUUUUAACCCAGCGGGUUAGCGAAAUGGAGUCCCAGGCGGGGCAGCUCGCGGUGUCCGCCGCCACUUCACUCCAGCAAGCAACCGUGGACUCUGUGAGGGCAAUGGAGACCCACGUGGCUGAGGCGAUCGGGCUGCUGACGAACCGCCGGACGCGGGACCUCAUCAUGAUUACGCACUCACCCAAGCUGUUGGAACGGGUGCAGUCGUCCCUGCACCAGCGGCGCGCCCAGGAGAAGAAGUCCCUGGAAAGCAUUGCUGACGUGGACCGGAAACGCCUCGAGCUGCGGAGCACUCUAGCAGCCACGUGGCCAGCUGAGAAAGCGCUAGUCUUCCGGGUCAAGCAGAUCAAACACGAGUCGGAACAGGUGCUCUCGCAGCAGUAUAACGGGCGGCCUGUCAAUAUCAUAGGCGAGAUCAACAACGUACUUGGGGCGGCUAUACAAUGAGACUUGUUUCGAACAUGAUUCUAGGACUGUGUGUAAAGUACGUAAUGAGGUCCUGCUGAACUUGGAAUCGGCAGCUGUUUGGAAGGAGGCAAGCUUAUUGUGGGCUUUUUUGAGACCAGAAUUUGGCGCGACUCUGGCCUUGCGUUGCCCUUGAAUUUCGUACGAUCCGAG